AUGCCGGUUCUCUGUCAGCUGCCGCCGCUGCUGUUGUUGCUGUGGCCCAUUGGGAGAUUGGCGGAGAGAGUCAGCCAACAGCAAACCGAGUCUGCCACCGAUCUUCACAUCAGCUUCGGCAAACUUAGAAUCGUUUCCGACGUGCAUGUGGUAAGCGGCAGGUGCGAAGCCGUGCGAAGGAAUGGCUGUGUAUCUGUGUCCGUGUCUCAACGACACACUCCGACAGAGCAAUUGCCGGACGUCUGACGAGUGCACAGACAAGCUGAUUUCGUUGUUUCGAGCCACCGUGACUCCGGGCAACCCUUACAGUGCCAAUGUGAAGGCACUUGUGCUCCUGUAAGCUGUGGGUGGGUGUAUGGCCGAUAAAGGAGAAAGUGCCACACGUCUGCGUAUCUCGUUGCUACGAAUGUGCAGCGGGGACAUAUUCGAGACAUGGUCUUCAGAGAAAGGAUGUUGACAUAAUCAUGUCCUACGUGCCUACUAUGUAGGGCGAUUCCCAUGCAUUUGGUCGAUUUUACUCUCGAGCACCGGGCAAGAAAAACUAAGAACGUUGAUGUAAGCCGCACAUGACCUUGGGACGCCAUCUGUGGCCACUCCACUCCGCAUAUGUUUCCGUGUCUAUCUCAGACGACUCUUGGGCAUAUUCUUCGUCCCAAGGUCCCAGAGAUUCUUCGCUUUAUAGAAGAGAUCGCACAAAAGGUUCCUACCUAUAUCAUUCGAGUAAGAACACAGUUAGCCGUGAGGAAGUGAGAGAAAGCGAAAACUCUGUGUCUGAGCAGGGGAAUCACGAUUACGAGACGUAA